AAUACAGAAAAGGGCAGGAGUGAGACACGCUGGAGCAAAAUGCCAGAGAUCCUCCAGUGUCCUGACGUCAAGACAGAAUUGAGCAACCACGCAUAUGAUUUAAAAGUCUUCAGAGAGACUGAAUUGAGUGAUUCUUUACACUGGAGGGAAACUGAUUUUUGAUCUCGCAGGGAUCUUAGUCUGGGUUCAAUGAAUUUGAUACUGGGUUCCAGUAAUGAGGUGGCUCCUGCCUUGGAUUCUAAUAGCGAUCAGCACUCAUCAGGCUACUUGCCAAAGCCCCUCCGCCAUGCCGCCCGCGGUGGAGCCGUAUAACCGCACGCAGUACUGCAAAUGGCCCUGCAAGUGCCCCAAGAGCGCCCCCUCCUGCCCGCUGGGCGUCAGCCUGCUGACGGACGGCUGCGACUGCUGCAAGGCCUGCGCCAAGCAGGCGGGCGAGACGUGCAACGAGGCGGACACCUGCGACUACCACCGGGGCCUUUACUGCGACUACAGCGCGGACAAGCCGAGGUACGAGAAAGGAGUGUGUGCAUAUCUGGUGGGGACGGGCUGUGAACAUGACGGCGUACUAUACCGCAACGGCCAGAGCUUCCAGCCCAGCUGCAAGUACCGCUGCCUGUGUGUGAACGGGGCCAUCGGCUGUGUGCCCCUGUGCACGGAGUCCCAGCCGCCCCUGGUGUGGUGCCAGAACCCCAAACGGGUCAAACUGCCCAGCCGCUGCUGUGAGCAGUGGAUCUGUGACGAGCCCAGGAAGACCCGCAAGACCGCCCCCCGGCACGUGGAAGCUCGUAUUAUGGGCAACGAGGUCUGGCAGAAGAACUGUGUGACUCAGACCACGUCCUGGAGCCCCUGUUCCAAGACCUGUGGGCGGGGCCUGUCCAUGCGCAUCUCCAACGACAACGACCAGUGCGAGAUGGUGAAAGAGUCACGACUCUGCAACAUCCGCCCGUGUGAAGUGGAUAUCACUAAGCACAUCAAGCCAGGGAAAAAGUGCCUGAACAUCUACAGGGAGGAGCAGGCGCAGAACUUCACCAUCUCCGGGUGUGUCAGCAAGCGGCCGUACCGGCCCAAGUACUGCGGGGUGUGCACGGACGAGCGCUGCUGCAUCCCGUACAAGUCCAAGACCAUCGAGGUGGAGUUCCAGUGCCCGAACGGAGCCGUCUUCUCCUGGCAGCUCAUGUGGAUCAACGCCUGCUUCUGCAACCUCAGCUGCAAGAACCCCAACGACAUCUUCGCCGAGCUGGAGCGCUACUACGACUACCCAGAGAUCAUGAACUGAGAAGAUGUUCAAGCCCUCCUUCCCCCAUUACCUUUCACUGUGGCAUUAAUUUCCUUUAGUCUAGGAAUCCCCGGAAGUUGUUAUAGCAGGUAUCCAAUGGGAAGUCUCUACCAUCCAUCCGUUAUUUUACCAGUACAAAAACCUGCAACAGCUAUGUGAUGAAGAGGAAAUGGGUGCCAUAUCUGUUUGUUACGGCCGAGUGUGUUCUGACGGGCCAAAUCUAAUCUCUAGCUAACAUAUAUUUCCUAUUGGAAAAUAAGUAAAUGUGUUAAAACAGGAUUUAUUUGAAUGAUGUUGGCCUUUGUAGGACGUAGUGACUGCUCCUAAUUCUCUUAUAAUCUUCUCUAGUGCUAUGGGGCGACAUUGGCUCAGACCGUAAGAGCAGUCAUCUGGGUGUGUCAAAGUGUCCCUGAGCAAGACACCUAACCCCUAAGUGCUCCUGACGAGCUGGUUGGUACCUUACAUGGCAGCCAAUCAGCAUUGGUGUAUGCGAGUGUGUGUAUGAAUGGGUGAAUGAGAAGCAUCAAUUGUACAGUGCUUUGGAUGAAGGCGCUAUAUAAAUGCCAAUCAUUUACCAUUUAAUCUUGUCCAGUGCUCAGAAGCUUGUAUGAUUCAGGUGCAAUUUCGAAUUUUGUAAAUAACGGCCGCCAAAAAUAAUGAGUUACUGGUUAGUCUCAGUGAGACUACAACAACCAUUCUCUACAACGAAAGAAAAUUAGAUCACCUAUUCCAUUCGGAUUGGUGGAAUUUCCACAGGCUGUCAAUCAGUAAACAUUUGGUUUUGGUUCAGAAAUCAGUAACUGGUUAAAGGCAGUAGUCACUGACACUAAAUGGCCAUUCCAUCUCAAUUUUUGUUUUCUCGUCUAGAUUUUUUUGGAUCCCAGAUGUUCUGCAUGUUUUCGGUUUUCAGAAACCAUAUCCAGAAUCCAUUUACUAAAAGAUAAUCCUAAUCCCCAUUCACCAUGUGAGACUGAUGCAGAAUCUGUAUUGUGGGGCAAAAUAUAUAAAAACACUUCUUUAAUUCCUAACUUAUGGAAAGCACAUUAUUUAUUUUUACAUUUACUUUUAUCCGUCAUAUAUGAAAUUAUAGUUUGGCUUUGUCCUCAAAACAAACUUUCACUCCGUAUUCAUUCAUUGCAUUUUAACCAGUGUAAAAUACAAAAUGUAUGUAAACCAUCUAAAACUGUUACAGCAAUAAUGUGCAUACAAAAUAUGAGCAUAACCUUUGCAUUUACUGUCACCUGACCUUUUAAAUAUCUACUCAAUUCGAUCCUUCAUCAUAAAACGAUAGAACAAGCUUAGAGUUGUACAUUGCUACAUUAGAUCUGAGCAUUAGAACCCUGUUCUGGAAUAAUAAAAAAAGAUAAAUUUGA